AGCACCUGUGUAUAUAUAUAUAUAUAUAUAUAUAUAUAUAUAUAAACUGAUAGCUAAAGUUUAGUCGUUCAUUACUUUCUCUGUAUUUAAUUAUUGUUUUAGCUCCCCCUCUGAACUGUUAAGCCCCCCCUUAGCACCCCCAACAAAAAAAUCCUGGAGCCGCCACUGCAAACGCACCAUUGUCAAUGUGCAAAAUAUCUUUCAUGGUCCGUAGAACAAAUAAGGUCAUACAGGUUUGGAACAACAUGAGAUUAGUAAAUAAUGACAGAAUUUCACUUUUUGGUGAAAAUGAGGAGUCUCAAAAGGAUAUUGGAAGUUUCUAGAGAGUUUGUUUAACAUUAUUCAUAACUCUGUAAUGCUGUUUAAUAAACACAAUUGUCACUAUAGCUUCACUGGCCUAUUGUCAGGAGAGUUUCACUGACUGGAAGCCCCUCAAUUAAAAUUACUCUAAUUUUCCCCCAUUUAAGCCCCUUAGAGCGAUAGACUAAAGCUAUAGUGUUGUCUUAUUCUGUUAGCAUGAUUAACCAUAUCUGUAACAUCUACAAGCCACCAUCUGUAGUGGUGUAUAUCUAAGGCUGAUGAUACAUGGGGCAACUUUUUGAGCAAUGUUGCCGGGCAACUUUGGGCAAUAUUGCCAUCAAUAGACAACCAGGUGAGACACAGGGCCCACGGCUUAUCUAAAAUAUCCAGAUAGAAAUUUGUUACCCAUUCUCAGUGGGAAAUUUCCCAAGCAACAUUGCUCAAAAAAAAUGUAUCAUCAGCCUAACUCAAUCAUCAUCACAUGGCACAGCUGAUUGGUUCUCUCCUAUAUCGGUAGCCAAUGAGCUCUUUGCUCAACAUUCAAAUAUAUGACUAGUGGUUGUUGUAGCAGUUUUGCAGCAUGCUUCAGAAACCCCCCACCUUAUGGGGUUAUUUCAUGUAUGAUACAUGUGCAGCAGCAGUAUUUCUUACAUGCUCACAGCAGCAUGUUGUGGAUGUAUUGGCAGUAGCAAGUCUCAGUACUUGCUUUGCCACAGCAGCAGCAGCGUAUAGCAUAUCUACUCCGCCAAGACCAAAUACAUUAUCAUUGUCAUGUACGUUACCAUGCCAAUCCCUCCGAGAGUUGUCAUGACAGAAAUGCUAUUUUCAGCCCUUCUCAGCAGUCUGUGACAUCUUAAUUCAUUGUGAGAUUUGAUUUAUUUCACCUUUCGCUAAUCUCACCUAAUCCGUGCUAUUCAUAUUAAUCUGUUCUAUCUUCUGUUAUUUGUUCCUGAUUUUGGUAUUACUUCAUGAUUUUGGCAUGAGGACAGAACUUCUAACUAACCACUGUGUGCACAUUUUGGGUGUGUGGUUUUUUUUUUUGUUUUUGUUUUUUUGUUUAUUAUGUUUGGUAUCUGCUGUGGAAUGGCUGUUUGCAUAUGUUAUGAUAUUUCUGUGGUUUCACAACUAAUAAAAGGAUAUGUAAUCUAAGUUAAUGUAUAUUUGGGAAUUAACAGCAAUUCAUUUACUGCUUUUAAACAGUUUGCAUUCAUCAUUAGGAGCCAUGCUUGAGAAAAGUCAGUGAAAGUGUUCACUUUUUCCACUAAUUCAAUUCAGCAUUUAUUGGCCAAGUAUGCAUAACAUACAAGGAAUUUACUGGCGUCCCGCGCGCAUACACACAAAGUUACAUAAUAGAAUUUAGAAAAAAGCUAUUCUGAAACCUGGUAGUUCUUGUUUUAACCAGACUAUAACGCCUUCCAGAAGGUAAAAGUCUGAAAAGAUUGAAUGCAGAAUGUAAAGGAUCACGAAUAAUCCUCAAAGCCGGUUUCUUAACCCUUGACAAGUGCAGAUCUUGAAGGGAAGGUAGAUCAGUCCCAAUAAUGCGUUCUGCCAUUCUCACUACUCUCUGAAGCCUAAACUUAUCCCUCUGAGUAGCAGAGCUGUACCAAACAGUAAAUGAAGAACACAGGACCGAUUCAGUCAUGGCCCUGCAGAAUUUGCACUAAGUUCCACUAGUUAGAUUAUACUUCUUUAACUGACGGAGGAUAUGAUUUCUUAACCACGCGCAUAACGUUGUUGUCCCACUUGAGAUCGCUGCAGAUGGUAGUGCCAAGAAACUUAUAAGAAUCAGUGAUGCUCACUGUACAACCAUUUAUUUUUAAUGGAGCAAAGCAGGUAGACUUCUUUGUAAAAUUAAUAAUCAUCUCUACGGUCUUGCCUGUCAGAGCCGAGGCUCAAACUCGGGUCUCUGGUGUGAAAGUCAGAUACUCAGUCCUUGAACCACUGGAGGAUGGUGAACCCAUUAGUAAGACGCACUUAGAAGCAGUAGGUUAAUGAAGCAAAAACAGAGAAAUUAGUUCUCAAAUAACAAAAAAAACUGUCCAAUGAUUGAAGUCUACAAAAAUAUUCCAAAAAUCCAAAGUUCUUGAAGCAAAAACACUCCAGAGGAGAAAAUCCACAAAAAUCCAACACAGAGAGGAAACAAUCGAAGGGCAAACACUAUAAGACGCCUCAGACUACAUAGCACUUACUCAGGCAGCUGUCUUAGAAGAACUAAACACCAAGCAAAGAAACUGAGAGACAGCAUCACUUAAAUACACACAGUUAAAUGAGACACAUGUGAACAGAAUGACUCUAAUUACAAGUGGAGUAAGCUGAACAAGAGAGAGCAACAUGAGGACCUCUAGAGGCCAAAACACAACAAAAGCCAGAAAUACUGACACUUGCCAAUAUUUAAAUGCAAGUUAUUAUGACUACACCACGAGACGAUAUGAUCCACCUGCUGCCUAUAUGCUGAUUCUGAGGAAGUACAGGCAUUCGUAUAAAUAGAAAAUAACAAUGGGGAAAGCAUGCACCGUUGAGGGGCACCAAUACUGAGGGUGCUCGUUCCAGAUAGGAUGUUUGAAAAAGCGACAAAGAAGCUGGUCCAGCAGAUAGAUCCGAAGGGUGCUCUGAUUGCGGCUUCCAGCCUAAAUGAUUCCAAAAAACUCCAGCCGCUUGCAGUGGUGCUGAAAAUCCAAAAAGGCUGGUUCUGGCAGCAAACCAAAUAUAAACCCACAGAAUUCAAGAUCAAUGACCUGCUGGAAGGGGAUCCAAUUAAACCAGUGUGUGAGGAGGAAGAGUUAGUAAAUUUUGAGGGAGAGUACAGAAACACUGUAGCUGGAACUGUAGAGAUGGGAGGUUCUACUGUCUGCCUAAAUGCGAAUGGAGAGGGCACAUCGAAACUUUGUUUAUCCCUUGGGAAACUUAAGAAGGAAGCUGUGGAUAUUCCCAAACUUCUGAAGCUCACUAGAGGAAGGAAGUUGGACCUCACAAGCUCUUUUUUCAAGAAGCCCCCCCCAAAAAGCAAGUCUUUUACCCUCCUUAAAGAGAGAAUUUUAACCACCCGCGACAGCUCUAUCUCCUACACUGAACUGGAGAAGGCCAGCUGCCAUGCUGAGAUUGGUUUUACUGAGUUGCAGACGUACAUGAAAGACAGCGGUAAAUAUCAACAUGCUUCUAAGACUGCAUUUAGCAUCCCACCGGACACUGUGAUGGCUUACAGUGUCGUUGAAAUGACCAUCGAAAGUGACGGCUACUUUGAUUUGUGCGUUGGGCCCAGUGGGGUGGAAUCAGAUGAUAUUUCCCAGAAUCCCAUUCCCACUUUCUCAGAGGUGGAUGGUCAAGGGCCACUUAUCCAGGAAGGUUCCCCACUUACUACUCUAAAAAAAGAACUUGCAGAUGUUCAGGCUAGAUUUUGUGCACUGGCUUACUUGUCUGCUGAAAGCCGUUCCUCCAUCCUGCACCUGUUGAGGAAAGUUCUGAUGGACCGAUCUGUCUUGUCAGCUUUGGUGGAUAGACUUGAGGUGUUAAGCAGCGGUGAAGCUUCCUGCUUCUUAACCAGCGAGUUGUCUGAAGAACAGAGUCAGAAUAUUGGUGCAUUUUUAGACUUACUGAAGUGUGACCAACUUGACAAGACGUCAUCAACGUCAUUGUCAACUUAUAAUGGAUGUCAGAUAUCAACAACCAAUCACAGCGAUCCUUCCUUGGCAUCUGAGUUAAAUGGAUCAAGCUCCACACCAGAAGAACAGAAUGGAUGUCAUACAGCUGUAUCCUAUGAGAAUGCAUGCUCAACAAAAGCAAGCAGGCAGAGCAAGGAUCUCAUGUAUUCCAUGCAAAUACUGAUGAACGCUCUUGAGGAGCUGACGGGCGCCGGAUUGGAGCUGCUAGAGCCGUUCUGCACUUCUGAAGGUCUCCAAAGUCUACAGGAUUUAGUAAUUCAUCUGACUACAAGCGAUAUGCCUCUCUGCAAGGACACCAUCCCUGUUUUCCUCCAAAGUGACGAUGACUUCCACAGAGUGGAGGAACUUUUGAAGUCAUGCAAUAUUUUGCUAAGGAAAGAGAAUGACACGUUGACCUCAGAAAUGACCUGUAGAGAGGGAUUCCUCCCUAUGGUUCUGUGCAUUGCCAUCCAUGGCCUUGCAUCCUUUGUUGCUGCGUGACAGUGUUAGUGCUUUUAUUGACAGCUGAAAUUAACGUAUUAGUUAAUGCAGAAAUUACUUGCUUCAGCAGACAUUUACUUGCUUGCUUAUGAAUAUUUUGUGCACUAAUUUUAUCUUUGUUAAUUCCAUAAUAGUAAUCCGUCUUAAUAGUAAUAUAUCUCAAACUAGGCGCUUUCACAAAAAAA